AGCACUCUGUCCAGGACUCCUGCAAGCACAUACACAAGGACUGGGCGCAGGGCACUGAGGAAGACCUGGAGGAGACACUGCUACAAGGGGCAGCAUGAGCCAGCUGCUGCCGGCAGGGCCAUCAGAAAUGGCAGCAGCAGAUGGCCUAUGCCCCAUCUGCCUGGGUGACCUUGAAAAUGCCACCUGUGCGGAGGCCUGCCAGCAUCGCUUUUGCUCGGUCUGUAUCUGCGAGUGGGCCAAGCUGACAGAGACGUGCCCGCUGUGCAAGCAGCCCUUGGGGCGGCUGCUGCGCGCCGUGACCGCGGAUGGCAGCGGCGGGGAGCAGGGCGGCGGCUGGCCCGCCCGCCGCCACAGGCAGGCAGCCGGGGCCCGGGGCAGAGCCCCACAGCGGCGCUGCGCCCGGAGCCGCCGGCGCGCUGACAGCCUGCCCCCCACGGGGACAGGGGGGACCGUGGCGACAGACGGAGUGAGGGAUGCAGCAGCUGUGGGACCCUCCCAUGGCGCUUCCCGGCAGGCUCCCGCAGCCAGCGCCUCUCGUGAGGGAGCAGCACCGAGCACGGGGGAGCACCUGGCCAGCCCUGGUGCCACACCAGACAGCAGGGCUGCUGCAGCUCCUGCACCGUCUGACCUCUUCCACCGGCAAUAAACAGCCAGGCGCUUUC